CAAGCCUUGACGAUAUACGGACACCCGGGUUCCCGAUCGCCUUUGGUGAAUUGGGCCUGCAUCGAGCUCAAUGUGGACUAUAGUAUGGGGGAUUUGUCCAACAAUCCGCAUCCCUUCCGGCAACUGCCUUGUUUGACGAACGACGACGAAGACGUGGUGGUGUUUGAAUCCGGCGCCAUUCUGCAGUACCUUUUACGAUACUACGGACCUCCCAGUCUGACCAAGGAACAGAUUGGUGCCAUCAUGAGUUGGAUAACGUGGGCCAACGCUUCACUGGAUCCUAUUUGCUUUUUGGAAACACCCGACGGCAAAGUGUACGAUACCGGCCUGAAACAGCCCAACCGGAAAAUCGAUCAACUGAACGAAUUGCUGGGCAGGGAAACGUAUUUGGUGGAAGGCGCGGGUUUCACGUUGGCGGACGUCGCUGUCUCGAGUUAUCUACUGUACGUGCUCCAGUUCUUUCCCAACGUGGAUCUGUCGCGGUGGCCGAACCUGGUCCGAUACAUGACAGACUGUGCGUCCCGACCCGGUUACGGACAAGCCUUUGGG